CGCCUCGGCCCCGCUGGGCCAUGCUGCUGCAGCACACGGGGCUCCGGGGGUGCUCAGCAACCCAAGGAGACCCUGUGUGUGUCCCAGCGCCCGUCCCUCAGAGCAGGGUGGCGACCGGGACGGCUGCAACACACGUCCCUCUCCUGCCAAGGGAGGGCUGAGCUCAAAUGUCAGCCCCAAGAAGGCCAGGCUUCGCUGCGGGCAUCUGAUAGCGAAGCUAUUCUGGUCAGCGCCUCCCAGGGAAGGGGGCCAACCCCCAUGGGAGCAAUGGCCAACCACAGGUGAGGGUGAGUGACUGGCAGGCACCAUGGCUACUGCUAGGGCAGGGAACAGGAUGCAGAGCAGUCGUGGUGUUGGGCACACACUGACACCUAGUUUGGGGGGACGGGACGGCUCUGUCGCUGGACCCCCAUCCCCACAGGGGCCCGGCAAAGGCUGCCCACAUCCAAGAUGGCGCCGAGAUUGGCACACGCUCUCCUGCGCUAAGAUCUCGCGAAGGCUGCCUAUCUCGCGAGAUAAGCUGGGUUGCCGUGGUUACGGGAAGCCAGGCGCGGCGCUGCCCGCCCCUGCGGCAGGUGAGGACCCGGGUUCGCGUCCCGCCGCCUCCGAGCCCGGCUCCCGGGGCUCACGUUGGUUCUUUGGCUGCAGCUCCGCACCCCCAGGCCUCCCCCCGGCUCCUCGGGCUCUGCGGUGGUGUUCCUCCUCCUCCUCCUGCCGCUCCUCGUGUGACACUCAGCCCUCUCGAAGCCACGUGUUUGCAGUGUUUGACAGCUGCAGAGCCAUGGAGGGCCCAUCUGCCACCAAGGAGUUCUGCCCUCCCGACACAUCUGAGUCACAGCUGUCACUGAGAAACGUGGUACAGAUCACCGUGGUGAAGGCCCAGGACCUGAAAAGUAUCAAAAGUGACACGUCGAUUACGUUGGUUCGUGUGGAGUACAACGGAGUCAUCCUGGGAGACUCCUCCAAGGCUGAUGUCUCACCAAAUGGGAUGGCAAACUAUAACUUCACCACCAGCUUUGAAUACAGCACUGAUGGGCCCAACUCUUGGGUUGACAUUGCACAAAAACCUGCACUUUUGACAGUGAUAGAAGUGUUGCAAAAGGAGAAGAAACAGAAGGAGGAGAAGACCAUGCCACUUGGCCAAGCUGUGUUGGACCUUUUACCUCUGCUGCAAGGACAGUGUUCAUUUACGGUCUUGGCUCCUUUGUAUGCAGCGUCUACCUCUCCAUCAGAAAGCCUUCACCCGGAGGCCAAGAAAGAAGUCCCCUUGCUCUUCAUGAACGGCAUCCUGAAGCUUGAUGGUGAAAAAGAACCAUUACCCCGACCCAAAAAAUGGUCUCUUGCUAAUAUCAUGGCCCCUGGUGCUCUGAACAUACCCAACUCCUUCAUUCUUGGUGGUCCCUAUGAGGACGAGGAUGGAGAGCUCAACAAAACAAAGGACAGGGAGUUUAGGAUCCAGGCAGAAAGCAUGAAGAGAAUCGUAUGGGACAAGGAAAGACGUUGUUACCUGGAUCCUGCUGCAGUACUCAUCCUGAAGAAUCGCAUUGCGGAGUGCCAGUACUGGCCUGUGGAGGUCUGCAGGAUGCCGGUGACCUCAUCCAGCAAAGGGAAAACCAGCAAAGCUGACAAGGGAGAUGAGGACAGGCAGAUUUUCUUCCACGGUGUGGCAUAUGUCAACAUGAUGCCUUUGCUGUGCCCUGGCGUGAAGCGGAUCCGAGGCGCUUUUCGUGUCUUUCCCUACCAGGACAGCGAGGUGCUCGAGAAGACCAAAAGACAGCAGAGUGUUCUGCGGGAUCUCCGUCCACAGAUGGGUCUGAUUAAAGAAGGAUCAGGGACCCCAGGAACCAAUUCAUCUCUUUCCAGAGCUGUUCCCAGUAAAGCCCAGAGGGAAGAUAAGGAGAAGAUGACCAGAGAACAGGAAUUCAACAGGAGGACAUCCAACACAACAAAAAUCCAGUUGUCAGGUGUUGCUGAGGAAGCUGCAAGUGUCACAUCUGUCAGCCUUGAUGGAAAGCAAUAUGUUGAAGCAGGAACAUUCCUGGUGAUGGAGAUAAAGCUGGACAAGGCUUUGGUACCCAAACGACUGCAAGAGGAGCUCACCAGAAGGGUCAAGGAGAUGAUUCCCCCUCGCCCUCCGCUGCCUCCCCGGACUGGAGGAGCCAAGAAGGCUGUGGAAGAUUAUCACAACCACGUCGCGAGCAUUGCUGUUGCCAUCCUAAGUGAAUACCACGAGCUGUUUGGAAAGCAGCUGCCAGACCAAGGAGCAACAGACCAUCAAACCCUGGAGGAACAGAGGCAUCAGCUCAACUUUGAGCUCAACAGCUCUGGGAAAUAUUUUGCUUUUAAGGAACAGCUAAAGUAUGCUGUAGUGAAGAUUGUGAGGGAAAAAUACCUGAAGACCACAGCAUUUGAGACCCAGGAGCAGUUCCAAGCAUUUCUCAGUGAGCUGUAUGUGUACCUUGUGGAUCAGAUGCACAUUGCCCUGAACCAGCUGCUGUAUGAAGAAGCUGCUUCCCCUGCCCCUCGAAUCCGCAUGACUGACGAGCAGCUCUGGCUCUUUGCUCGCGAAGCUGAAGUCAACAAGGACUACAAGCUGGCAUCGCUCUACCACCAGCAGAGGAUAGCUCAGGACCAGCACAACAUCCAGUACUGGCUGGACUACGGGGCGUUCUGCCUCCUGCUCGAGGACACCUUCAAAGCCCAAGAGUGCUUCCGGGAGGCUCUUUCUCUGGACCCACAUCACGUGAGAAGCUUGCUGCUCUGUGGGAUUGUGGCAGUUAUGCUGCAGCACUAUGAAGAGGCAGAGAUUUUCUUUGAGGAUGCUUGUUGCUUGGAGCCAUCCAAUGUCAUAGCCUGGACUCUUUCAGGUUUGUUCUGUGAGCUGCAGAAUAAUAAUAUUCAGGCAGAAAUGGCCUUCCGUGAAGCCAAGAAGAAACUCCAAGUGCAGCAGGCCAGGGAGAGGAGCAUCUCAGGGCAAGGGAAAAAGCAAAUCAGUGCUACGUCUGUGGGAUCUUCCAGUCUAGGCCCAGAACAGCCCUUGCCAGAGGGGGUUCCAGAUGGCUCAGCCAAAGAGCUGCCAGAGGCAGGGGAGGAGCUUACCUUGGCUUCUGUGGCACAGGAGGAAGAGGCACCAGCAUCGGAGGCAGCCACAGAAGAGCCAUCCCCUGUUUCAGGACACAGCAAACCUCCCUGCACAAUCUUCAUGAAGGCAGUGGAGUUCCUGACGGAAGUCAAUGCCAUCCAGUUUGUUCGCAUGGCACUUGCCCACGAGCUGCUGAGCCAGCAAGGAGGCCCUUCCAGUGCUUACUACCUGGCGCUGGCCCGGACGUGCUUGCUGAAGGAAGAGUUCUCCAAAUGUGAAGAAUGUCUCUGCGAAGCCAUUAGGAUUGACUUCCUGAAUCCUGAUGUCUGGGCUCAGAAGGGACACCUGUGCUACUUGAGGAGAGACUUGCAGGAGGCAAAGGAGUGCUAUGAGCGAACUGUCAGUUUUGUGGAGGAUGCUGCAGACAUGCAUUUUGUCUACUUGCGCCUGGGCUCCAUCUACCUGGAAGACAAAGAGUACGGCAAGGCGAAACAGAUCUACCUGCAAGCCUGUAAGAGCUCUGCAUCCUGCCUCACCUGGCUGGGAGUGGGAAUUGCCUGCUAUAGGGUGAGUGCCCAGCAGGCUCCCCGGCCGAGCCUGAAGAACACGGCGUGCAUCCCAGGGGUACGAACGGUGGGGGGAGCAAUCACUGCAGCGCCCUUCCCUGCUGCUCAUCGCUGCCUGCCGUCACCUCCCCGAGCCCACCCCUUCCCUUCCCCGCUGUGCUGUUUUGCAGGGAGGGCGGCAGCUGGAGGCCGAGCAGUGCUACAAAUACGCCUCGAAGCUCGGCUUGGACGACUCGGCUCUACUGCAAGAGCUUCACGCCGCCCAGCAGCGCCUCGGCUUCGGCGACCCGUCCCUCUGAGCGCGGGGCGGUCACGCGUGGUGCCGACGCAAUGCUAUUACAGCCAUUACUGCUGACUGCCGACUCCCGCUCCUCGCUGCGUCCCGCGCCGCGCCGCGCCUUUACCGCGGGCUCACGGUCACGCGUGGGCGCGCUGA